UUGCCACCCCUAUCAUCACACAACAUCGAAAAAAAACACCAAAACACACGUGUUGAGGGAAACGCUUUUAAAUUGUUGAAAUUCUCAAAAGUUUUUGAGAUAUUUCGGCAAAAUGCGUAUCGAAACGUGUUAUUUUUGCUCAAGCAAAAUCUACCCUGGUCAUGGAGUGCAAUUCGUAAGGAACGAUUGCAAGAUCUUUAAAUUCUGCCGUGGAAAAUGCCACAAGGCAUUCAAACGCAAGAAGAACCCACGCAAAGUGCGCUGGACUAAAGCACAUCGCAAGGCGGCGGGCAAGGAGUUGUCCAUUGACCCCAGCUUUGAGUUUGAGAAAAGACGCAACGUGCCCAUCAAAUAUAACCGUGAAAUGUGGCAAAAGACUUUGGAUGCCAUUAAGAAAGUUACAGAGAUCAAAGAGCGUCGCCAGGGUCAAUUUAUUAUGGACCGUUUGCGCAAGGGCCGUGAAGUCGAAAUUCAAAUGGAUGUCAAGGACGUGCAGCGCAACAUUUCUCUCAUCCGUUCUCCGGCUGCUGGUUUAAAGGAACGACGUGCCAAGGAGGAAGCCGAAGAGGCCGCUCUCAUGGAACAAGAUUUGCCCGAGGAGGAGAUUACAUAUGUCGAUGCCAGAGAAUUGGAAAAGAAAUUGGAGGAAGGUGCUAUGGAUGAGGAUCUGGAAAUGAUGAAAGUAUAGAUGUAAUCUUCUGUAUGCGCAUACGUAGAGAUAAGUAGUCUUUAAGUAGUAGUUUGAUUCAUGAAAGUCGUAUUCUAGAAUCAGCAAUUAUUUUAGAAAAUAUUGUACCAACAAGGUAAUUUUUUUUAAAUAAGAUUUAAAAUGUGAUUUAGAAAAAAACAAAA